AUGAGACUAAUCAGGUUUCGGACGAUUGUUCGUAGUCUCAGUCGAAAGUCAUCAUCAUCUUCUAAGGAUAGUAUGAUCUUAGCAGAUGCACUUAAUCUUCUUUCACGGGAUAAGAACGAUGAAGGUUCGAAGCUGAAACAAGCAACAAACUCUACGACGGCAUUCCAGCCUUCACUUUUCCAAAAUUUGACUCAGGGAAGUGCUGUUGAACGAUUCCAAGUGGAGCACGAACCGUCACCAAUAAAAAGUCCCAAUCAGAAAACAAGAGAGAAAUAUGUCACAAACCUUUUGCUGGGAAUCAAAUUACAUAGAGUGGCAGAUAAUAGCACGUUGUUAUCACUUCUGCCGAAGAAAGUGGGGAGAUAUAUUGGCACAGUUGAGAACGAACGACGUCUUAUUGAGAUCUUACAGUUCUUUUACUUUCAUGAUCAACUUAAUCUUAAGUUGUUAAUGGAGCUUGUUUUGAAUCGGAACUUCUGCUCGCUUCAAGAGGGUAAGAUUCCAGUGAAACUAACCCUGUUACGUGACAGUCACGACCGGUUACAAUGGAAAGAAAUAGAUUAUGUUCAAUUUGACAUUGUUCUUUUGAAGAAGUACUACGAUUGGGGUAAACCUUUAAUGAUUAUCAAGAAUUUGAAAGCAAAUUUCAACAAAUAUUAUGCGCCAGCUCUUGAAACCCAUUCAUUAUUGCCAUUUUAUGAGCGAAUUCUCUGGAAGUUCUAUUUUGAAUAUAUCAAGCAAUUUGACGAAAUCUAUUAUAUCCGUCAACUUGACAACAUAAAGUCUACUUUCCUUAUCUUGGAAUCUUCUCAGGAAAAGAGUAAGGUCAUAUGUGAGGAGGCAUUAAUACAACAUAAGGACGAAUUAAACAUUUUACAACAGAUAUUCUUGGCGAUUGUAUCUAAUACAGCAGUUCAAUCCCGGAUUAACACAGAGUUGAACCUUAAUGGUACGCAACUGAAACUACUCUCUCUGUUGAAGAAGGUUUCCAUUAAAUAUAAGUUAUCAUCACUCGAUGUGAAUAACAUGGAAGAAGACAAUAAACUCACCAUGUAUAUGGUGAUCAAUGCCCUUGAGAAUAUAUUGUGGUCCUCACAAUAUGAUCUUGCAUCAAAUGAUGGCCACAAUGAACUCUUUGGGUAUCUAAAUGAUCUUCGAUGUUUUCGAGAAGAGAAGCUCAUGAAAAUCAAAGGUAUGGAGAAGGAGCCCAUAUGGAAUGAAGUCAUACGUCUGUAUUAG